AGAUCUUAACAUUGAACUGUCAGUCAUUUUAACAACAGAUUUAUUUAAGUAAACCUACUUAGGCUAAUUGUUGAGCUGUAAAAAUACAAUUGAUAUUUGUAGUUGGUACAGUAAACUGUUUAGUACAAAAUGAUUUCGAAAUAUUACAGUUUGUUUCUUUAUUUCUGUGUAGACUUGUGUUAUGACAUUCAAGGAGUGCCUUACAAAAGCAGUGUCAAAACUGAAAGUGUUUUGCUGGGUAACUUGAAAGGUAAUUUUGAAAACAUUACAUCCAACUUCUGUAGCUUCUGCGAUGACAAGUUUCUGGACAGUUCAAUAGGAGAUGCUUCUAGUUACACCAAAUUUUACUAUUUUUCAAGGGAAACCGGGGAAAACUACACUGAAAUAGAGUUUGGAAACACUACAAGUUUAUUCAAGUCUGGAUUCAACAUUUCAAAACCAACCAAAAUUCUAGCCCAUGGCUGGAUGGACUCAGGAUUGCUCCACUUUUCAGCCGUGGUUAAGGAUGCUUACCUGCAAGCGUACGAUGCCAACGUCAUUGCAAUAGACUGGAGCAAGAUGGCGUACCAGUUCUACCCUAUUUCUCGAGUGGCUGUGGACCCGGUCGGCCGCUACUUAGCACAGUUUGUAGACUGGCUGGUGACGGAUGUGGGGGUGCCUCCGUCAUCACUACACUUGGUGGGGCACAGUCUGGGGGCUCACAUUGCUGGAGUGGCUGGGGAGCAUGUCACUAGUGGUCUACUGUACAGGAUAUCAGGGUGUGACCCAGCCGGCCCUGGAUUUGACUGGCAGAAGAAUGGUCGUCUAGAUGCCUCUGAUGCCAGUUUUGUAGACAUCGUCCACACAUCUGGGGGCUGGGCUGGGUACUUUGACCCUUGCGGACACGUAGACUUCUACCCCAACGGAGGAACUCCCAUUCAACCAGGCUGUCCCAUAAGCUUGGGGAAAUGCUCCCAUGCCAGAUCGUAUUGGCUGUUUGCAGAGUCCAUAGUCAGUAAUGGGUUCAAAUCAAGAUCUUGCGAUGGCUGGAAUGACUUCAAGAAAGGGGACUGUGACAACAAUACUGUGGCAUACAUGGGCGAAUAUGUAGAUAGAAGUGCUACUGGGAAAUUUUAUCUGAAGACAGCUGGUCAGUCUCCCUAUGCCCUUGGUUGAGUGUGGCUUUAAUUCAAAAUUUCCACCUAUGUUAGACUUGAAAAUGUUAACAAAUAUAGCCUAGAAUUGAUUUACCUAUAACUAGGAAAUUAUGUAAU